CUCCCCAAUCUGGCAAUCCCUUUGAGGCUUUGACUGUGACUGUGAGUCUAUGAAACGCGCGUCUUGAAUUUUCUUACCAGUUCCCCUUCAAAUUCUUCUCCAGUAAACCGACAACUCCGUUUCUCUGAAUUCCUGUGUAAGAGAUCUCACAACACCCAGCGACGGGGGGCGAUUUCAGUCUUCAGCUGGUGGAUCAACGUAGAUGGAAAACCAGAAAGGGGACAAUUGAGGUUGAUUUAGUGGAUAAUCUGGUCACUCUAUGAGAAUCAUAGUUUGUUCUUCAUCCAAGAUGAGUAAUCCCCUGAAUUCUGUGUACCACCUACAUUGGAUAAGCAGUAGGAUGAGGUAGUAUUUCUUUGUCUUUUAUUUGUCUGUGUGUGUGCAUCUUCAUUUAUUUUGUAUCAAGGCCUCAUCUAUUCUGACUCUUAUUUUUCCUCAGCUACUGCAAUAACCCAUAUGGUUUUUUAUGGUGAAAUGGAAUAUUGGCUUGCAUAGCCAACCACAAUUAGUUAGAAUAAGGUUUCACUGAGUUGAACUAGUUAUUCUCAAGGAUGGAUGUUCCAGUAAAAGAUUUGGGACCUAAUAAUAACAAGCUUGAGGCAGUAAAGGAAGGAUGCCCCUUAUUCCAUUGUGAUCUUUAUGAUUCAGAAGUGGUGCACAAAAUAGCACAAAUCUUCCUACCAGGAUUAGCCACAGCUUGUGUUGAUAACACGACUGGUGGUCUCUUCAAGGACCCUUCUCUUGUCGCUGUUGAUAUGAGAAAGGAAAUGGUGGAAUAUCUUACCCAGAGAAGUGAAUCAUAUAUUGCUGAAUCAAUGAUCCAAGAAGAUUGUCCAGAUAUAGAAUUAUCUGAGCAUCCUACUGAUAUCAUUUCAGAUUUCAUUGAUGACUUCAUAAGUUCUAAAAGGAACUUGUUUACUCGUGUUUCAAGUUGGUUACUGAGUGAAAAUAGGGAGGAUAAGAUAGAUGAUAUUGUAGAAGAGAUGGAAAUAAAUGGGUUUUGGUUGAUGGAUAGAAGGGAAGCUAUUGCAUGGACUCUUCUGAAGAAUGUUGAUUUCAAGAAUACAUUCUACUGUAAAAUGAAAUUUGACACCACUGAAGAGCUAGCUGAGCAUGGCAGCAAAUGCAUUUUUAGGUCUGUAAGCUGCAUGAAUAAGGACUGUACUGCUAGUUUUUGUGCAGUACACAUGGAAAAGCAUGAUUCAGUAUGCCCUUUGAAGGUCCUUCCAUGUGAACAGAAGUGCUCAGAGAAUAUCAUAAGAUGUGAGAUGGAUAGGCAUUGCAUUACUGUUUGUCCAAUGAAGCUUGUCAAUUGUCCUUUCUACAUGGUGGGUUGUCAAUGCUCAAUUCCUCAAUGUAUGAUUGGAAAACACUGCCAAGACUUCCUCUAUUCUCACCUGCAUUGCAUUCUCCAAAUAAUUCAUAAAGAAGCAUCUGAGAAGGAUCUGAAGCUUCGGGUGGAACUGCUGGAAAAGUCAUCCUCCCUUGCUCAGCUGUCAGAAACUCAGGAUAUAAGAUCUUUAAUCUUCAUGGUCAAGGAGCUAGAAGCAAAGGUGGACCCACCAGAACAUGUUAUCACCAAUUGAAGUUGGUGAAGAGUGUAUAGAGACUGCAAAUAUGCCGACAGAAGUGCUAAAAGAGGUAGAAAACUAAUUUCAGCCUUCUCAAGAAGACAUUGAUCGCCAAGACAUUGGCCGCAAAUAUGCGGACAGAAGUGCUAAAGGACGCAGAGAACUAAUUUCAGCCUUCUCAAUAAGAUAUUAACAUGAAACCAGGGUCUGGAAAUAUAGAUUUACCUAGGCAAAGGCUGACAAGAGAUGCGAGUUCCCCUCUUUUUCAUAUGUUCGUGACAGUAUCAAGUCUUUCUCAUCAGGGUAUUAUUUUUAGUUUCAUAUGGAUGGAAGAUGAUGUGAUUAUGUAUCUUCUGUAGAUUUUCUUGACCCUGUGGGGCGGGAACCCCAUCUAUCCAUCUUUCAUUUGUUUAAAUUGAUUAAUUUAUUGAAGUGACGUAAGGAGUAUGACUUCUCAUUGCUAAAUUAAUGCUUCUGCAAUUUUUUCAUCA